CUGACAAUAUUUGGAUGAAGAAGAAGAAGACGUGAAAGUAGCGUCGAAUUUUGCACAGAGCGGUAUACCUGAGAACCUGGCGUAAAUAUUUUUUCCCUCGAGUAAUUUAAACUUCGUUCACGAUGGACGUUCCUACACAGAGUUUUCACCUGGAGGACGAGUUGAGCUGCUCGAUUUGUUUGGAGCUUUUUUCCCGGCCUGUCGAACUUCCCUGCGGACACAACUUCUGCGCGGUUUGCCUGGAUCGGUCGUUGGCUGUACAGCGCUCGCCGUAUCGCUGCCCGGAUUGUGGAUGGGAGUCGACAGAAAAGCCGGUUGGGCGCAGCAACUUCAAGCUUAAGAGUAUUGUGGAGCGUUACGGAAUCUCGUUCACUCAGCCCGCGGAAGGGCCAAGACGCAACUGCACGGAGCACGAAGAUCCGCUGAAGUUUUACUGCGAAGAUUGCAAGAGCUGCAUUUGCACCGUAUGCGCCGUCGCAGGGAUUCACAACGGCCACAGUAUGGUGCUGUUCAGUAAAGCAGACGCACAAGUACAGUGCAAGUUGGCAGAGAACCUUGAGAUCAUCAAUAGUAAAGUGGAAACGUGUAACAGCUAUUUACAGCAAUUCCAGGAAGACGAAGGUGAUGUUAGGAAAUAUUUUGAAGCUGUGAGGCAGAAGAAGAGGGACUGUUUGGACAAACUUCAGAAACUGCUAGAGGAUUUUAAAGAACAGAUAGAGGCAUGUGUUAUAGCUGAGGAGGAGGUUACAUUGCGGAAAAUCAAUGCCAAGCUUAGAAAUUAUGGAAGGCGAAAAGAAGAACUAACAGCAAUUCAGGAAAGCAUUAAGAGCAAUAUGGCUGAAAAAGAUCAUUUUCUGUCCAUCCAGAAUUUCCUGUCAUUGGAAGAAAGAAUUGCAGGGACUAUCCAGGAAGAUCCUCCUAUACUCCCAGGAACCCCAAUAAAAGGGAAGACUCCAGUGCAGCUCUGUGACAAGCAUUUUGAACAUUUCAAGGCAGAAACAGAAAAACUGCAUCAAAUUCUACAAAAUCUGAAGCUAAAAUGGCAAGGAUGCCCAUAUCUGACAUUUGACCCAAAUACUACUUCUCCCAAACUGCUUCUGUCGGACAACAACAAAACUGUAGAAGGAACUAAACAAAACAAUUCAUAUUCUGAUCAUCCAAUGAGAUUUGAAUACCAUCCGCAGGUGCUGUGCAUGCAAAGCUUCUCAUCUGGCUGUAAUGCUUGGGAAGUAGAAGUAUUAGAAGGUGGAAACUGGGCAAUAGGUGUGGCAACUAAAAAAAUGCCAUCGAAAGGUUGGGACAAUUGUUCACUUCUAGGUUAUAAUGCUGACUCCUGGUGUCUCUACAACGUUUUUGGUAAACUUGCAGUGUGGCACAAUAACCAGAGGAAAAUGCCGAUCCAGAUAUGUCCAGUUCAUCGUAUAAGGGUUCUUCUGGACUUGGAUGCAGGUGUCUUGUCUUUCUAUCAUGCAUCAACCACUCUGGAACUUUUAUACACUUUUAAUGAAAAGUUUACUGUUUCAUUGUUUCCUUGUUUUUGGCUUGGUGCGGGCACCAAACUGGCUCUUCGGCAAGUGACAAAUAUUUAAAAUAAGAUGUUAACUGUACAGUUCAGUGUGCUUAGCAACUGAAAGCAAAUUGAUAUAAUAUUUUCAAUGAUGACUGAUUAGUAACAAAAUACACAAAGUGUAGGUUGGGGAAUUCAGGAUAUUUUAAAAAACAUUUUAGUACGAGGAUCAAGUUGCAAUAGUGUCAUUAAAAUAAUUUAUGCUGUUCAGUAUUACUACCAUGUUCUCCUAUCCUUCACGAGCUCAUGCAUUAAUCUAAAUCUUUCCUUUGCCAACAACUGAUGCUCAAGGAACCGUACUGAACCAAAGGCAAACUGUUUGACUACACAAGUAAUCAAUAUACAUUUUCAAAAAAGAAUCAUUUAAGUGUUGCCAGUAAUGAUGUACUAUUUUGUUGACUUUGAGCAAGUUGUUUUUUAAUUUUAACUUUUAAAAUAAUCAUAGUGCUUUACAAACGGGAUCUGUAGGGGUUGCUGACUUUCAAAACCUAAGGCACUGCGCUAGUAUUACAUGUGAAAAUAGAGAAUGUGCGUAAGAGUGAGUAAAUAGUUUUAAUGUGUCCCUUUAUUUUCACCAAUAGUGGCCUUUCUCGUAUUGUUUGCUCUUAAGAAAAUAAAUUUGACAAACAAGAGGAGAUCUCUCAGAACUUUUAGGCUUGUUUGUGUAGCUAAUGGCUAAUGUAUCCCAGUAUGUUAUCCAGAUCCUUUGUAAGGGUUGUCAAAGUUUCUGCUUCAGUCAUUUGUUCCCGAUUCUCACAAUUCUGUGUAAAGAAGUGCUUCCUGGCUUCAGUCUUAAAUAUAUUUCCCCUUAAAACAAGCCAUACUAUUAUGCCACUUGCUUUGUUAAUGCAUCCAUAAAUGGUGCCCUUUGUGCAAUGAUGUGAUGUUCACUUCACUUCUAGUAGAAACUGAAAUUUUAGACCAAGUGAACUUCUAAUUUCAGUGUUCAGCAAUUGAGUUGCUUUGCCCACUCCAGGUGGUCAUGCUUGUUUUCUGUUCACAGAAAUGAACCCUUUUGGAUUAACUCUAGUGUACCAGAUUGUGCCUUUUCAUGUACCUCUCUUUUAGUUUGAAUAAAUAGACUCCCUGUGGCCUAUUGUAAAAAACACCUUUCAUCAGGUUUUUGUUUUUUUGUAUUGACCUUUUUGACACAUUUGGUACACAAUUGUGCACUAAAACCCCUUAGGGUUCAUUUUUCUGAUACUUGCAUUGGAAUGUGUGAUGCCAACUACAAUGCCAGCUUCAAAGCUGUUUAAACUUAAUUUUUGUUCAUUCUUCCUCUGAGUUACACAAACACCCCUAGCCUGUUUGUAAUUACCUACCUGCUUUAAAUUUUUAUACCUACACAUACAGUGUAACUGAUUGAGUGCGAAAAGUAUGUGUACAGUAUGUGUAUUCACUUGUUGUGGGGAUCACUCGAGAGUACAAUGGUGAAAUGGGCAUUUGUUCACUGACUCAUCUCAUGUGGGUAGAAUAGAGGUAAGAUGACGUUUGUUACUAAAAUAUUUGCACAGCUCACAAUCAUUGUGAGUGCUGACUGGCUGAUAUACUUUAUGAGGAAUUUUAUUGUAGCCAUAUUCUUCCUUAGGUGUUCACUCAUACCUUUUGCUAGGCAUGUAUUGCAGGGUAAUGGGGCCGAAUCCAAACCAACCCUUCUGACAACUGUAAAAGGUGCCCUGACUUCAGGAAGGUUUGAAGUGAUCAUAUUUGAAGGUUAGUGAUUCAUCAUUACCUCCAUGGUUUAUCACAGGCCAGUCAGAGGCAUUUUAAUCUCUAAUUGUAAAUGUUUAAUUUAUAGUUAAUUUUUACUUCUAAAGUAUAGAGAGUGUUUAGGAUAUCAGAUAUGUAAGACUGAUAACCAAUAAGAGUCGAUUGCAAGGACAUAAAUAAACAUGGCAGCAAAGAAGGGAGCCUCUUUCUUCCAAAUAAGAAAGGCUUUUCUUUUUGAUUUUUCAUUACACAAUAAUGCACAAUCACACAAGUUGAACUUGUCUGUCAUCUGCCAUGUUGUUUUCAAAUCACCUUAUUUGUAAGAAAUUCUGUGAGAUGCUACAUUUGGAGUCUGGACCCUCCAAGUUUUUAGUGUAAAUGUGCAAUUUUCUUUGUGGACAUUAUCAUGUAGUGUGUGUGCUCUAAUAACUAAAGACAGACCAGAGGAAGAAAACAAACCUGUUUCAGGAUUUCUUAUAUUCAGCAUCAGUAUGAUUUUAGCUGAUCUUCUAGUCUGUUCCAGGCAUUAGAUGAACUAUAAAUGAGAUUGAUGUCAUUCAUUCCCAAAGAUGUGUUCUUGACAGGUUAGGUUUUUACUGCUGACAUUCUGUUUAUUAUGAAUUAAAGGAUGCCUGAACAACCAAGGUAAAGAAAGUCAAGGGUUUUAUUGAAUUUGUUGAUGGAUUCUGAUGUGUGGCACAGAACAAUCCAUAAGGUGUAUUACAACUGAAAAAAACAAUGCUGAAAUACAUAAAAUAUGGAUGGCCAAAACCUACAAAAUGCAAUGCCAAAUAACAUUAACACAUACUCCAAAAAUUCUUGUGAUUCUCCCUUUUGUUUGUUUAGUGAAUUAAGACAAUCAUGACCCCAUUCAGAAGAAUGGUUCUUUUUUUUAUAUGUACAGACCAAAUGUAUACAUUGCCAGGUAGGUGCAAGAAUUUGAAGUGAAUAAUCCUGUCAUUAAACAAAUGCCAAAUUAAUAUUGGUAUGUAUGAAUGUCCAGUAUCUUUUGGUACUGAAAUGUAUUAUAUAGUUCACUUUUGUAUUUGAUGUUUUGUAACCUUGUUUGAUUUAUAAAGUAUGAUUUGAGCAUGUCAUUAAUAGCAGUAUAUUAAAUAAAGAUUGAUUGCACUGUCUUCAGAUUAACAACUAGACUACA